AGCUGGUGUCUGAGAGCGCUCUGUCCAUCCAGUCGUCUGAGAAGGUGACCAGCAUCUCUCUUCCUGUGACGCCGCCCUAUCACACGCUGGAGUUCCUGCUGGACGUUCUGUGUCAUAUCCCAUCAUGCCCUGCACGGAUGGAGAGCGAGCGCCUCACUAACGGACAGAUCAGUCACCGCACACGCAGCCGAACACGCUUCAACAGCGGCAUGACCGUCAUCGACCAGAAGGUGUCUGUGGACUGUCCCUGGUCCAUCUACUCCACGCUGGUGUCUCUGACCUUCCACGUGCCCUUCAAGGUCAAACACUCACUGCUGUCUGCAGGACAGAGGAAGUUCAUCCAGGUUUGUCUUCAGAAUGUAUCGGACACUAACUUUCGGCUGACCAAUCAGACGCUGACUGAGAAUCAACACACACCCUCACUGGAGCUGCUCUCUCUCAACACUAAAUCACACAGCCUGGUGUUCAGGCAGCAGUGUGUGUUCAGUGUGUGGGAGCUGCGGUGGAGCGGUGUGUGUCCCGUCUCUCUUCACUGUGAGUUCUCGGCUGCGUUCGCUCCUGCAGACGCUCCAGACGCGGCGCUCAAACCCUACAGAUACGACUUCACUCUGGAGCGAGUUUCAACUCUGUUGAGUGUGUGUGCAGACAUCCGUCCGGCCGAGGGAGAGCAGGACUGUCGCACCGGCGCUCUCUGCAGGCUGGAGGUGUGUCUGACGCGUCUCUCUGAACCCAGCGACUCAGACGAGGAGUACAGCGACACCGACGGCCUGCGCACCACCAGACUCCUGUAUGAAGUGAUUGACAACAACAGUAACUGGGCGGUGUGUGGGAAGAGUUCAGGGGUCGUCUCCAUGCCGGUGGCUGCCAUGGCGACACACAAGGUUCACAUGGAGGUCAUGCCUCUGUUCGCGGGUCACCUGCCGUUCCCCAGCAUCCGUGUGUUCAAGUACCUGCCUCACCACAGCAGCCCGGUCAUCCCACCGGACACAGACUCGUGUGUGGAGAACGACAGUCUGUCUCUGGAGGAGCAGGCGGAGACGGCGAGUCUGCGCAGCCGAGGCAGUGUCCAGUCUCUGGGCAGCGGAGAGUCUGCGCAGCCGCGGGGCCCGAUGCCCAAACGCCAGGCUUUCGGUGCGGGGCAGGUGUUCAACGGCACACAGGGCCAGCAGGUGCUAGUGCUGCCCGCUGCUGACCAUCACCUGAUGGAGGUCAACGUCACAUGACCCGCCGGGGUCACACACGGACACAAGACUCGCCUCCGUCACACGCUUCAGGAGACACACGGUCUCUCAGACAUCCCAUAAUGCCUUGCAGCCCCUCCUCUGUGUGCUCAGGUGUGUGUGUGUGUAUGAGAGAGAGAGCGAGAGAGAGAGAGAGACACCUGCUGUACAUAACAGAUGAGAUUAAAGAGAAUCUUCUGAACCAAAUACACUCGAUCAUCAUCAUCAUCAUCACUCUCACUGGGAUUCUGGGAUUUGCAUAUUUAAUUUCGUAUUGGUGUUCGGAACUAAAGGUUUCCAGGGAAACGCCAGCGCUCUGUUGACUCGGACACGCCCCUUCCUGCUGAUGUCACAUGAUUGAUGCGUCGCCAUGAUGACCAGUGCAACAAAUCUUCUUUUUGUUUAUUGCGUAUGAAGAACAGUCAUAUUUCACUCCAUUUCAGACAUGAAAACAAUUAAUAAUCAAAAUUCAGGCUCACAUUCAUGGGUUAAUUGUUAAAAUGCCUAAAACUGAAAGUAAACAUGAUCACGGUUCAUGCAAAAAAAAAAUAAAAAUGUAUCCAAAAAAUAAUUUAUAUAUUUUUUUUUUGCGUAUUCAUUUAUUUGA